UGUUAACGAUGAUAAAAUUUGUCCUGGUUGGAUUUCGAAUUGUAAAACAGCACGGAGUAUCGAGUAUUGUCAACGAAAUGAAGAAGAUCAAACGAGUACUAAAAAUUAUUAUUGGAUAAAAAUCGAAAAUCUUGUGACGUUUAAUAAAAUUAUAUUUGGUGAUACAAGUCAUCCAUGUCAGUCGACUCAAUUGUCACGUGUUGUGAUAGGGACUCAUCCAUAUUAUACGAUCAAUGAAUUUUAUCCGGUUUAUUGCGAUUGCCUAGAUGGUAGUAUUCACACUAGGAACGAUACGAUCCGAGCUAUAAGUUUGUUUUGGUCUGAAACAAGUGAUAACAUGGUAGCAACUGGUGCACGUCUUGUUGCAAAAGAUCGAAUGAUUCACAUUCAGCUUCGAGAAGGUAAUCUUUUGCCCUAUGGAGGAGUUGAUAAAAAAACUGAAAGAUGGAUUCCACUUCCAACAUUUGAAUAUAAUGGAAAUUUUCCUAAUGUGGCAUCUUUUACGAAUGGAACAACAAGUUUAUUAAAAGAAUAUUUAGAUUUUAUCUUGAUAGAUCAACUUAAUUCAAGAAAGAUAUGUUUACAAAAACUAACUUUUGAUGAAGAACAUUUGUUGACUGGAGUGAGAUUCAAAUAUGAGAAUUUCAACUCUUUGAAACUUGAAACCAAAUAUGAUGGUUUUAAUUAUCAACAUGGAAACGUUACUACUGAAAGAAAAUAUAAAGAACAAUCAUGUGAACAGCUACCUGAAUUGAUUUUAAAUCAUCCUGAUGAUCCACUUAAAUUUGAAAAAAAUUUGCAUGAUUCUAAAGAAAAUCAAUUUAUUUCUAUUAGAGCAUCAGACUUGUUUAAAGACGCAUCACAAACAACUAUUCCAUUUUUUGAUCUUUUAGAAGUCGCACCUGAAACGAGCGUGCCAAUUACGGGAAUUGAACUAUUUCACAAGGGACAACUUGAUGGUACAUCUGGUGGAUAUAUUUCUUUAAAAUUAUAUCCGUUAAAUUUAACCAUGUACAUGAAUCCACUAUCAGUUUAUUACGAUUUGAAUACUGAGAAUAUCACGAUACCUGAAGUUGAAAAGUCCGUUUGA